UACCACCAGUAGAAAUCUACAUUACAUAACUACUUAAUAGUUGGUAAAAAUAUGGAAAUGCACAAUUGAUUUAGACUUAAUAACUGAAACUGUAAAAUCUCACGGAUUUUAAUCUUAAGUUUCCUUAUAGUUUUGAUAAACCAGAUUUGAUAUUUUUACCACAAAUGUCCAUAUAGUGAUCAUAUUUCAAGAGGAAGCAACAAACUGAAUAACAUUUAUAAAAAAAAACAAAUAUCUCAUCUCUUCUUUUCUAUAUCAAGUAAAAUUCACCUAACAUCAUAUUGAUUGAUUGAUUGAUGUUUAACGCCACUUUCAGCACUAUUGCGCUUUUUCGUGGCGGUCAGUUUUUAUUUGUAGAGGAAGACAAAGAGAACCAUCGACCUUCGGUAGGCAAACUGACAAUCCUAGUCAUUUAAGAUUGGGGUCAAACUCACUUAACCUCAGUGUUGACAGGCCAGUGAUACAGUAGUUCUACUACUUAGACCACUCGGCCACCGAAGCCCUACCUAACAUCAUAAAGGGAUUCCGUUUAAAUGUAAUAUUACGUUUAAUCACCACCCAUUAAUUUUGCUUAAUAUCUUUCAAAACUGAUAUUUUUAAAUUAAAAAUCCGAAAAUCAAUUUACUUUACGUAUUUCAACUGACCACGACAUUCUUAAUCUGUUUGAUAUUUAGGUUUCCCAGCUUUGCAUACAUUAGACAAAUGCUGCGUGUGAAAAAUUUGAGCAUUUAUCCUUGUUAUAUCUCAUCUGAUUUUUCACUGAAUAAACUGAUUUCAACACUCUGCAUGUUAAUCGUGUAUACAUAUCAAAUACUGUUACUGUUUUAAUAUUUAUUAUAUCAUACAUGUACGAUGAAAAAAUCAUCAAGCCAAUAAAUAUUUUCACACACACCAUCAGGCCUAAUUGAUCGCUAGCUUUCUGGUCCUUAUCGUGAUCCGUGUUGGUCUCUAGAAUUGGUCGCUAGCUUGGGUGUUCGCUAGACAGUGGCAGAUUCAGAGGAGGCUGGUGAGGGCGUACGUCUCCUUUGAUUGGAAAAAAAUCUAUUUUUUAGCAUAAAAUCGUCUAAAUGAUUAUCGCCUCGCUAGGCUCGGCGGUAUCGGCGGUAUUCCUUCAUUUUAAUGAUAUCAAUAACAUGACAUUACAAUUGUACUUGAUCUUCACUACUUUUGGCAUACCUCAGUAGAUUAUGCAGAAGGGUAACGAAAUCUUCCGAGGAUUGUCUAAUGUAUCUUAACUGAUCAAAAUCGGACCUUGCUUAUGAUGCCAUAUUUAAUUCAUAAACUGUACAUAACUUUUGACACUUCGUUUCAUUCGGAUUGUGAACGCACCAGUUCGAUGAUGUCCGGAAUUAAGAAAAAUUUAACAUGAAAUUAAUUUAAAACCCGAGCAAAAUAGUACAUGUAUGCAACGUGUCCUGUUCUCAAAUAAUAUAAAUAAAAGGAGAUUUCGUGAUAUUAGCUCAACGGACUUUUUCACAAGUUAUUGUCAUUCUAUGCCUUUUGUCAAACGGAAGUCGGAUCCGGUCCGAAUAAGCCAGGUGGAGCUUCAUAAAGAUAACAACAUCCGGGAUGAACUCGAAUGCAUAUCUAACCACACCCUCUGUGGAAUAAUACAACAGCUUAGUAACCUUAACCAUCAUGCCUCGGACAUGUUCGACGACCUGUUUACAGAGACUUUAAAUGUUGUCAAUAGAUCAAACAAACUUAAAGACAAACUCAACGAAAUGAGAGAAAAAUAUAAGAAAUGGAACAAGAAAAAGAUUGGAGGUUCUUUGAAUGACAUUGAAAAUGAAAAAGCGCUUUCGCAGCAUUUUGAUCAGCAAAUCUUCAGUGUGAAAAGCAGACCCAAUGCCAUAGUGUACAUGUACAAGGCUGCUAACUUUCCUCCGGCUAUAUCAAAGACUGAUCAAUUCAGAGAAGAUGGGAAAAGUGGAUUAAAACUGUAUACCAACCCAGACUUUUUCUUUGCGCAUUGGUCUUCACAGAUGGAGAAAAAGGAAACAGAUUAUUCCCACCGGAAGACAAAGAGAGCAGAAAGAAAAACUCGGCGACAGGAUAAAGGAGAAGGUCCGAGACAAGUUAGGAGAAUACAAGAUAAAAUGAGAGACAAAGCAAAAGGUGCAGAAUUUAGCACACAGUUUGUUCAACAGAGUCACGGGAAAAGUAAGAAGGAGAAAAAGAAAAAAAUGGAAGGAAUUUCUAGUAAACAAUGGGCAAAACAGCAUCCUAACGAGAAACUUGAAAACGUAGAAGAAAAAGACGAAAUGGAAGAAUCAGAAAAAAUACAUGAUAAGGACGAAAAUGAAAAGGUUGACCCAGCUUGCAGUAUACAUGCAGGAUUGCCUGAAGAAAAUGAUGCGCCGCCACCUGUACCUAUGCGUAAACACAGCUUCAUUUCAAAUCACACUAAUUCGGCAUUACCACCACCGCCUGACGAUCGAUACAGUAAUUUACCGCCACCACCUCCCGAUCCGCCUGUUGCCAUGACGAAUGGACCUAGCCAAAGUGUUGCAUUGCCGCCUGCUCCUCACGAUUUUUAUCAUUAUGAAAUAGAAAACUCGGCAAUGGACGAGCGUGAUUCUUUUUUCCCAUUGCCUCCACCACCCGAUGAUCCAGACAAUAACGAAGGAAGGGACAGCAUAAUCGAACCUCCUCCUCCACUUGAAAUAAAUCCAAAUCUGCUGAGAACCUCUCAAAAGCUCAAAGCCAAUAGAAUUAGUACAUUUGUCUUUCCAUCAGCCAUGGAAAAUGGCGACAAUAUUAACAGCAGAAAACAUAUUCCACCUCCUCCUGUUUUCCCAAACACUGAAAAAGCUUCCGCUCCAAAUGCACCGCCACCACCACCGCCUCCACCACCUCCGGGAAUAGCUCCUGCACCAAAUACGUUGACGACAGCGUCUGCAUCUGUUAGUGUUGAAACUCCAUCUGCAACAGGGAUGUUUUCAGAAAAUUCAUUACUUGCAAUGAAAAAGAAUUUAAAACAGUCAAAAGACAGAAAAACACCAACACAGCCAGUCAAAUCUAAUUCGAAUCAUAUGGAUGUUACAACCAUAAUGAACAGAGCAUUAGAGAGUCGCCGAAAGUUCACAGAAGACAGUUCCAGUGAUGACGAUGAUUCCGAAUAUUCUGACAGCGAUUGUGAAUGGGAUUGAUAAAAACAAUUAUAAUUGAAACUAGUGUAAAUGCUUCGACCCUGCUAUAGAGUUUGAAACAUGGGUUGAUAUAGUCUUUUCAAAAAGGGAAGAUGGACAUUUUUCUUUAAAACUCAAGAAGCCCUCCCAAAAUUUAGUGUAGUUACAACUUUGUAUUGGUCCAGUGGGAAGGGGGAACUAAUUCCUCAUAAAUAGAAAUAAGUGACUUUGUUGCACCCGUAGAUAAUCAGCAUGCCGUCGAAAUACCAGGUGCGGGCCAAUUUGUUUGAAAUUUCAAUAUAAGAUUCGAUUUUUUCAAUGUUUAAAUGAUUUAUAUAAUUGAACUGUGUAUAUCAGCUUUUUUGUUUGUUUUUCAUCUAGAAUUUAUAAUUUUAUGAUGUUAUAGUUUUGAAAAUUUUUAGGGAAUUAAUAGGAUUAUUCCUGCAUGGAAAAAGAAAUAUUUCCUAGAUUCGGGGAAUAUAAAACUUGACAUACUGCUCGUGUUUAUUGUUGAAGACUGCAUGUUGACCUUUAUAUGUUUUUGAUUUUUGUUUGUUGUUAAGAUCGAACAAAAAAAAAGUACUAAAUAUUCUUUCAUAUAGGCAAAAUUAAACCCUAUAUUACAAGUAAAUCAAGAUUUCGAAAUUUCAGGCGGAAAAAGAUGAAUUAUUGAAUCAAAGUAUCUAAAUAAUCUAAACAUACAUUUUUUUUUAUUCAAAUACAUGAUUAAUGAAACGUAUUAUAUCAGUCUUUUCAAUAAACUUAAAAAUAAAAAAAUAAAAAUACAGGUACUAUGUUCCGAUUAUCAGGUUGUCUGCAUACUGCUAUUGUAAAAUAUUAGCUGCAAGUCACAAUAUGGAGCUUUUUGUAGAGUGAGCGCAGUGAAUGAGUUCAAAAGUUCAAAAAGUCUUCAUAUUGUGUCGAGCAGCUGAUAUUUUACACUAUCAAUACGAAGAAACGGGUCAAUUAAGGUCCGGGUCAACGUCAGCCGUGCUAUGCAAUAUUAUGAAGAGCUGAUCAGAAUGCUAUAGAUUGAUUGAUUGUUGGUUGCUUAACGUCCAGUGGUAGAGUUAUAUAGACAGUGGGAACACCGAUAAAUAUGUAUAUCAAAUUAAAAAGUAUAUGCGUGUAAAACGUUUUAUUUCGAAACUGUACUUUAAUCUUAUAAAAUACAAAUCUUAAACUAUUAUCUUUUUAUUUGACUCGUUAUAAUAUUGCUGAUUCUAUAUAAGAACCUUUAUUCCACUUCAUUUUGAAUGGUCAUUAAUUUUCAGUUACAGUGAAUUAUUUAGUCGGGACAUGGAAAGAAAACAUAGACCUGUACGUAAUAUGUAUGCAUAAAAGGAGAAUCGGGUAAAACCCCGAUGAGCAAGAAAAAAAAACGACAAAAACAAUAAAUAAAUCUGGAGGGCAACAUGUGCAUGCAGUAUUCAACAAUAGAUAUGUGCAACUGUAUAUAUAUAUGUUCCGGACCAUAUGAGUAUCAUGACCAUGUGCGUAUACUCAUAUGGUCCGACCAUACGCUUAUAGUUGGACCAUAUGAGUAAUAUACUCGUAUGGUUAUUAACGGACCGGACCAUAUGAGUAUUUAGACCAUGAAUGGUAUUUUUCGAAUAAAUUGUAGCUUCAUUCGGAGAAACACACAACUCAUUCUCCGAACUUAAAACAACACAAGUUACUAACUGAAUUCCUUUAUCUUUUACAUAUUGUUUGAAACUAUGAAUAUACUGUUAUCUGGCCUUCGCUAGAGUCAUUUGUGUGCGACUUUUUCUUGUGGGAUAUUUCGUCUGUAAUGAAAUUACAGGCGUUUGAGAUUUUGACCUUGUUUUCUUUUUUAGUAGUGUUUAAAUUAUUAUAUCAGGGAAAAAAUGUCUUCUUAUUUCUACUUAUAUUCAUUUAAUUAUUGUAAGAUCGUAUGAGUAGGAGCAAGAACUCAUUAGAUAUAUAAAACAAUUAAAAAAAAAUAAGAAAUCUUAAUUUAAUGAAAACAAAUUUAAACACCAAAAUAAUUUCCAAAAAAGAAAAGAAAGACGGUUAAAUGCCCAGAGUACCUGUGAGUCAAACAAUUGACUCUUUGUUUAAAAGUUUCUUUAGAUAUUUCUUUGAAGUCAUUUUCCCAAGUCGACAUAUUGUGUUUCGUAUAUAGAAACUCUUAACUAUGCGACACCUUUUCAAUGUUCAUCAUCAGUUAAUUACCCGGACCAUACGCGUAUGUUCCAAAUACUCAUAUGGUCGGGAACAUAUACACUACAUCAACAUUUAAAUCAUCCCAAGGUCAUAGACAUCGGUCUAAUGAUGGAGACUGAAUGUUGCCCUCUACAAUCCCUUGAAUAAAAAACAAAAACCAAGGCAAAAUGUACUUGCAUUACAUUGUCUUCACGAAUUAAAUUAUUUUUUGUAAGUCUCCUCAACUGGUAAACAUUAGAGAAAAAACCACGUCCGGACUGGUUUUGUUACUAUUACUUGUUUUUCUGCUUUGUAUCACUCUGAUGAGUAAAGCCCUUUUUAACUGAUUUUUAUAGUUUGUUCAUUUUUUGUGCUGUUAUACCACUGUCCCAGUUUAGGGAGAGGGUUGGGAGCCCGCAAACAUGUUUAACCCCGCAACAUUCUGUAUGUGCCUGUCCCAAGUCAGGAGCCUGUAAUUCGGUGGUUGCCGUUUGUUGUUGUAUCAUAUUUGUUUUUCGAUCGUUGUAUUGUACAUAAAUCAUGCCGUUCGUUUUCUCGUUUGAAUUGUCUUACAUUUGUUAUUUCGGGGUCAACCAAAUUACCUUGGUCGUUGAAUUAAUUUCUUUUAUUUUGGGGUAUAUAUUGAUGUAUAUUAUGACAUUUUUUUACGAUCUUUAUUUCAUAUUUAAAUUCUUCCUUGACCGCCGAGAAGGCCAAAUGGUUGUUCCGGUUAUGAUAAUAUGAUAAGGGUUUUGUGUAUAUUCAUUACAUGUUAAUCAAACAUGUUUCAAGUGUUCAUUUCCCAUAUAACUUAAUUAGAUUAUAUAGUUCUUUAUGAUGUCUACAGUGUCUAUUAUGCGGAGAGUUCUUAUAACUUAGUUAAUUACAUACAGUGUAUAUUAUAA